AUGUCGAAGCGAGUCGCGUCCCUUGCCGGCGCGGCCCUCCGGGUGGACGCCCUGCGGGAGGAGGGGAGAGCCGAGCUCGUGGACCUGCUCGAGUCCCUGCCGGGGAGCAAGUGCCUCGUGCUAGAGAGCCACAUCGGCGGUCUGUUGAACCACGUCAUCCCAGAAGGUUCCAAGCUGCUGCGCGAGAAAGGGGUGACAUACUUCCGCGAGCUGCGAGGGGAGCUGGGUGCCUUCGAGGACAGAAACGGGGUUAAGGCCGAGCCCGAUCACAUCGUAUACUUGGUGCGGGCGUCGAUUCCGAACGUGAAGAUCAUCGCGGACCAGAUCAACUCCAGGAUCAAGGCUGGAGCAGCCUUCGACUUCCGGUAUAAGGUUUACUUCGUGCCGCAUCGCACGCUCAUCUGUGAGCAGGUCUUGCAAGAGGAACGGGUGCUCCGCAGGGUGGACGUGGGAGACUACCCCCUGGACCUCGUGCCGCUCGAGAAGGACGUUCUCAGCCUCGAGCUCGACGGCCUCUUCCGGAGGGUGCACUUGGAUGGAGACACAUCGGGGCUAUCGGUGGUCGCUCGCUCGGUGCAGAAGCUGCAGACGGUCUUCGGCACAAUACCCAACGUUAAGGCAAAGGGAACGGCGGCAGUCGCUUGCCUGCACCGAGCGAUGCGCAUGCGGAGGGAGGAGGCGGGAGCGGAAAGGGCGGGGGACGGGGGCGAGUUCGGGGGGGGAGGGAUAUCCAGUGUCCCCGGUAUCGACACGCUCAUCCUUCUCGAUCGAGGGGUUGAUCUGGUCACCGCGUUGGCGACGCCUUUGACUUACGAGGGCUUGAUCGACGACCUCAUCGGCAUCGAGAACGGGAGCGUCCGACUAGACGCGGAUCUGGUAGAGGCGGGGGACGGCAAUGGGGCGGCUGCAGCAGGCGGUGGUGCUUCCGGGGAGGGGGGGGGGGGGGCAGCAGCAGCGGCGACUACCCUCGGGCCUGAUGGGAAAAAGAAACAGGUGCCUGUUCCAAUGAACUCGGACGACCCGCUGUUCUGCAAGGUGCGAGACGUCCAUGUCGAGCAGCUCAUGCCCUUCCUGCAGGACAAGGCGAAAAACAUCAGGGAGAGCUACAACCAAUUCCGCGCUAACCGGGACCAGAGCAUCACCGAGAUUCACGAGUUCGUCAAGAAGAUCCCUGGUCUGAAAGAAGACUACAAGUCCCUCAACCUGCACAUCAACAUCGCCGAGCUCAUCAUGGAGGGCUCGGGAGCCCCGGACUUCCGGAAGCGGUGGCAGACGGAGAGGGCCGUUCUCGAAGGCGAGGAUUGCUCCGAGGUGAUCGAAGAAAUGAUCAGCAUGCAGGAGCCGGCGAUGCGUGUGAUACGACUCAUGUGCCUCCAGAGCAUGACCGAUGCCGGCAUCAAGGCCAGCAAGUACGACUUCCUCAAGAGGGAGGUGGUGCAGACGUACGGUUACCGGUACCUCUUCACCCUCAACAAUCUAGAGGCCGUGAGUUUAUUAAAGAAGCGGGAAAAGGUUUGGGGGGUAGGAGCCGUAGACACGGGGUCCCCGUGGCCCUCUCUCCGGAGAUCCCUGAGGCUGGUCAACGAUGCGGUGGACGUCCGCUCUCCCGACGACAUCGCCUACGUCUCGUCCGGGUGA